UCAAACUGUAGAGGAAGAAGAAGGCAUUGUAAUUGGAGUGGGAACUGACAGCGACUACCAAGAGCUGCUGGAUAGAGUGUUCAACAUUCUCGUUGGAAACAAUCCAGAUCUCGCUGUGAAUAGAGGAAAGAUGGUUAUGUGCCCUUCUAGGAUUCUUAGGGAGGGUACGAGGAAGACAGUAUUCGUGAACUUUAUGGAGUCAUGUAAAACGUUGCGUAGGGACCCUAAUCACGUGAUGGAUUUUUUCCUCUCUGAGAUGGCAACAAGCGGUUCAAUUGAUGGGCAGCACAGGUUGGUGAUCAAAGGAAGAUUUGCUCCGAAAUCCUUUGAGUCGAUCCUCAGGAGAUACAUCAAUGCGUAUGUCAUCUGCAAUGGAUGUAAGGGCCAUGAUACCACUAUAUCCAAGGAAAACCGUCUCUUCUUCCUUCGCUGCGAGCAGUGUGGGUCUUCAAGGUCCGUCGAUCGAAUCAAGGCUGGAUUUGUCGCACAUGUUGGUCGUCGCAAUGCCUGAACAUUGGCCAAAACUCUAGAUCGUCUACCCCGCUAUACCCAUGUGUAGACAUGUGUUUUCUUUUCCUUUUUGCAUCGCAAAUGAGUUUCAGAUUAACAGGGCUGUGACGCGGCACAUGAUGGAAUCAUGACUAAUUUUCUAGGUUUAUUAAAAGAUUGUACUAUGUGACGUGAGCAUGUCAUGGGGACAAGUUAUAGCACUAUCUACCAAUUCAAAAUGACAGAGUUUUAGUCCCUUUAAUGUUUCAAACUUUCCAUUACCUUGAUAAAACAAGACGCCAAAGAGUUGGUAUGUAUAGUACAGGCCGUGCAACAGACAGUGAGCGAAGUAGAUAAAAAAUUGUGCGCACUGGUUCCGGGUGCACUGAACUUAA